AACAAAGUCAGUUAAUUAACUGGAAACACAGAGGUGACAGAUCUUUCUUUCCCUUCCUGGAACAAGCUACCUGGACCCUAAUUUGCUUUGGCCUGGUCUGACAUUGCUGAUUUUAUCUGUCAUUAUCCUCGGCUAAGCUUAGAACAGCUUCCCUCUUGUCUUUAGCCUGGAGAGCUCAGCAGCAGCUAGCAGUCUGACAAGGGAAAGUUGCUAAGCACAUUAGCUGCAAGGUUAGCCGAUGAACUGUGUCCUCUGCCGAGUGUUAAGACUCCCCUGUUCACUUUCUGCAAAAAAAAACCUCAUUGGCUACAGAGAAGUGGUUUGGUGAUGCUGAUGAAUACCUCAUCAAAACUAGGUCAAUAAACAGUCUACUAUUAAUACAGAGGAUGUGGAUUUAUGUGUCGAGGCAUCAGAGUUCCUGCAGGAAAUGGAAGUUGCAUCUGCAGCACUUCGGUGUGUGUGUGUGUGUGUGUGUGCUGCGCUGUGAGCGUGUGGGGUGUGGUUGUACAUCUGUGGUAGUGUUGCACCAUUAAAACAUUCGGUGGUCUUGUGUUUCAAGUGCACGUGAGAACUUCUGCAUCUGCACAAGACGACACGUUCAACAACUCGAUCUUCCUGCUUUUCUUUCAGUAUACCGUCAUCGCUGUGAUGUUAGGACCACGUGUGUCUGCGUUUUGUUGUAAAACACGAACAAACUAAAUGAAAAAGAUAAAAACCGUGUUGCUCAAGGCUUAAAUCAAACUGUCAGCUAAACUGACUCUGCUUAAAUCUGCUUAAAAGGAAAAAAAAUGAAAGAAAUAAUCUGUAUUUUCAGUAAUUAAAGGUUCCUUAUAGAAGUCAUGGAUGAUGAAUAGGUGCCAAAUAUAGUGCUGAUGUUCUGUGUCUGCUGGAUGUCAACUGGUACUUAAAAGCAGUCUAAAUCGCCGCCACCGCCCUCACAUCACCCACAGCCUCCACAAGCAGCGACCAUGGGCAAACAGAACAGCAAGCUCCGUCCCGACGUCAUGCAGGACCUGAUGGACAACACGGACUUCACCGAGCAUGAGAUCUCGGAGUGGUACAAGGGCUUCUUGCGGGACUGCCCCAGCGGCGCUCUCUCCAUGGAGGAGUUCAAGAAGAUCUACGCCAACUUCUUCCCAUACGGUGACGCCUCCAAGUUCGCCGAACACGUCUUCCGCACGUUUGACGCCAACGGAGACGGGACUAUCGACUUCAGGGAGUUCAUCAUCGCCCUGAGUGUGACCUCGCGCGGCCGGCUGGACCAGAAGCUGAAGUGGGCAUUCAGUAUGUACGACCUGGAUGGGAACGGAUACAUCAGCAAGGCAGAGAUGCUGGAGAUCGUAACGGCCAUUUACAAGAUGGUUUCCUCUGUGAUGAAGAUGCCUGAGGAUGAGUCCACACCAGAGAAACGCACAGAUAAGAUCUUCAGGCAGAUGGACACAAAUCGAGAUGGUAAACUCUCCCUGGAGGAGUUUGUCGAGGGAGCAAAGAACGACCCCUCCAUCGUCCGGCUGCUUCAGUGCGACCCCAGCAGCGCUGGACAGUAAACGCCUGGACUUUUUCCCGUUGGCAGUUUGAUUAUUAAUUUAACACAUUUUCAGAAUCUCUCCCAGCUGACCCACCUGAGAUCGUUGACAUUUGUUCACCUGAGCUAUAGAGGCGCAUGCAUUCGACACACAGACACACACACACAACAUGCAACUGUACAUAACUACAAAUACCAAAGUCCGACGCGUAUACAAUCAGACGCUCACAUGCACAUACUGUACAUGCGCCUCUAUGCUCAGGCUACGGUCGACACGAGUCUCGUACACGGUACAAAUAUAACUCAAAGGACUCCAAUCCCAUCAAAGACUUGUUUAACACUGAAUCAAAGCUGUGCUAUCUCUGUCUGAGAGGACAGCCAGCGAGGAUAAUCCAACAUUCAUGAGGUACGAUCGGUCCCCUCAGAAUUGAGCCGAAUCCAAGUUUGCUGUUUUUGUUUUUAUUUUAUUUUAUUUUUUGUUAUUUCUGACAGCAUUGUUCCUGAGUUGAAAGGGAAUCAUGCUCAUUUUUGUUCUCUCUGUAACUGACUCGGGCUGUUGAGUGAAGACGGACAGAUCUUUACAAAGUAUUGCAAUCUUAACUCCGUGUUAACACUGGAUGAAAUGAAGUAUGUGAGUCUGGGACUACCAGUGUUCACAGCUUGCAGUAUGGCUAUGUAGACAGGAGAUCUGGGAAAUGUAGUUUUUAACCAGAGAAGCAUUUUAGACGGCAUGAACAAUGCUUUUCUGUUUUGUUUUUUUUAAAUGUAUAUUUUGGAGGAAUGUUACAUCAAACCAAAACUGACUUUUAAAUGAAGGGGAAUAUUUUGACUACAGAUUACACCAUCUGUUCUUUUUGAAAAUGACUUUUUAUGCCAAGUUCUGUAUCCACACACACACACACACACAUACACACACAUACAUCUACACACACACACGCUUCAUAUAAACACACACAUUCACCUCACUGAUUAAUACAUGAACUUGACAUAUGCAUGUAAAACGAGCUGUGAUUCUCUUUCUCCAAAUAUGGUUCAACAAGUGUAUAAGCAAAAAAAAAAGAAAAGUUAGAUGUUAUAUGAAUAUAUAGUAUGUACUUAUAUAUUCUUUUACUCUGUGAUAACAUUGUGGACAUUCGCCGCAAUGGAAGAGAUUCACUUUAAAAAUUUUGACAUAUAAAUUAUUGGAAUGUGACGAUUUUAUUUUCUUUUACUUGACAAUUAUGAUAUGAAAGAAAGUUGUACAGUAUAUUCACUCAUAUUUAUGAUAGAGAUGUUAAAAGAGGAGAGGACCACACAUAUUGCUAUGCACUCAGCUUUGAGCAUCCACUUAUACAUUUUAGUGUUUGUAGCUUCUUUUUUCGCCCCUUUUUUUGACAGUGAGAAAAAUAGCUACAGAUCUCACAGCUUUUGAUCCCCCCGCUGACUUUCAUAUUUCCCAGGAAGCCGCUAAACUUUGAUUUUUUUUCCUGUGCUGUCCGUCUGUGUGUAAACAGCCUCCAAAUGGUGUAAGCGUCAUUAAAGUGCAACUGUAACUGUACAAAUCUUAA